GCCAACCAACCCGUGGGGGCUAUCCACAGCAAUCUGAGCAGCCCUGUGAGAGGCUGACAGUCCUGCUCCGUUGUGGGGAGUGAGUAGGGUGCCCACCAAACCCAACCAGGACCAGACGACAGAACAAAAUGGCUGCCAUGGCUAUAGACCCGGUGGAGCAGCCUCGGAUGUACCAACAGACUCUCCUUCAGGAUGGACUGUGCGACCUGUUGGAGAAUGACAAGUUUGUGGACUGUGUCCUCAAAGUCCAGGACAAGGAGUUCCCCUGCCACCGUUUGGUUUUGGCUGCCAGCAGCCCCUUCUUCAAGGCCAUGUUCCUGUCUGACCUGGAAGAGAGCAAGAAGCGGGAGAUUGUCCUCAAAGAUGUGGAGCCUGGUGUUAUGGGGAUGAUCCUGCGCUACUUAUACACCUCUGACAUUUCUCUGACGGAACAGAAUGUCCAGGACAUCUUCAUGGUGGCUAACAUGUACCAGAUCCCCUCCAUCUUCUCUGUGUGUGUGUCCUACCUGCAAGAGAAGCUGGUGCUGGGGAACUGCAUGGCUAUUUUCAGACUGGGGCUGCUGCUGGAUUGUCCCAGGCUCGCCCUGAGUGCUCGAGAGUUCAUCUGUGAACGUUACCAGGUUGUUGUCAGGGACCAGGACUUCUUGCAGCUGGCCCCAAGUGAGCUGGCCAUUAUCAUCACCUCAGAUGCCCUCAAUGUUGAGCGGGAGGAGCUGGUGUUUGAAUCCCUGAUGGACUGGAUAAGACAUGACGAGACAAACCGGGUUAAGGACCUGCCGGAGCUGUUGCACUGCAUCCGUUUUAGGCUCAUACCUGUGGAUUACUUCAAAGAAAAAAUUGAGCGCCACAAGUACAUCCAAUUCAGCCAGGAGAUCAAGAAGGAGCUUGAUCUUGUCAAGGAUGCUCACAGGGGGCGUCUGCCAAAGCCCAGGAAGCCCAGCAGUGAUGGGGCAAAGGGGGGAGAUGGAAGUGAAGACAAGGAGAAUGAUGACGAGGAAGGGUACCUGCCGGGUAUACUCAACAACAACCCACGCUUUGGGAUGUUUGAGAUGGAGCUGAUUCUUAUGAUCAAUGACAAAGGGGCUGUGGCCUACGAACCAGUAGGGAAUGAAUGCUUUGUGGUGUCAGAAUCAACAGAUAUUCCCAAAAACCACUGCAGCCUGGUCACCGUGCAGAACCAGGUGUUUGUUGUCGGAGGACUUCUCUACAACGAGGAGGAUAAAGACGAGCCGUUCAGUUCUUACUUCCUACAGUUUGACCCAGUGAGUUCAGAGUGGUUAGGGAUGCCCGCACAGCCCAACCCUCGCUGUCUGUUUGGAAUGACGGAAGCCGAGAACUCCAUCUUCGUCGUGGGAGGAAAGGAACUGAAGGAAGGCGAGCACGCCCUGAGUUCAGUCAUGAUCUAUGACAGACAGUCAUUCAAAUGGGGGGAAUCGGAUCCUCUGCCUUAUGAAGUAUAUGGCCAUGGGACUGUGUCACACAAAGGUCUUGUCUACGUUAUUGGGGGAAAGUCUCAGAGCAAGAAAUGUAUGAGAAGACUAUGUGUCUACAAUCCUACUAAGUUCGAGUGGAAGGACCUGGCUCCCAUGAAGACGGCCCGCUCGCUGUUUGGUAUCACCAUCCACAAAGACCAGAUUUACGUGGUGACGGGGGUCACAGAUGCAGGCCUCACCAGCUCCGUGGAGGUCUAUGAUAUCGCCACCAACAAGUGGUCUGAGUUUACAGAGUUCCCUCAGGAGCGCAGCUCCCUUAAUCUGAUUUCUUUGGGAGGCUUCCUGUAUGCUGUGGGGGGCUUCGCCAUGAUGCCCAGUGAGACCAGUGAGGAGCCGGUCCCAACAGAGAUGACGGACAUCUGGAGAUAUGAUGAGGCAGAGAAGUGCUGGAAUGGCAUUUUGCGAGAGAUAAGCUAUGCAGAGGGAUCCAGUCUUCUUGCAGUGCGUCUCAACACUCUGCGUCUCACCAAGUUAUAACUGAGUUGAACUGUCAGUGCCAUGUGGUUGAUGAUGUGACAUUAGCGUUCAAGUAAACAAGCGCAUUAAUUGUGAACAUUAUCUUAUGUGGGGUUCAGAAUGUUUCAGGGCCACAAACCAAAUGUGGUCUCUGAAAAUGAGAGAGUGUUAUGAAAUCAGCAUUAGGUUGUUUUUAUCUCGUGACUUACAGCAGGGGGAGACAAGACACACGCAAAGUCCAAGUAGGUCUGGAGGAAAAGGGGAAGUUUGAAUAUCACACCAAAUUUCUUUUAUAAAAAAAAAAGCUGUUGAUUUGUACAUCCAUUUUUGUUAUAUUGUUUCAUAAAUUGUCUUUAUUACCCGUUUACUUUAUUUAACCACAAAAUAAAGAUGCAUUGAUUCUGUUGCUUUCAGUGACGACCCAUCUGGAAACGACACAAAAGGCUUUAA